CUUCUGCAAGCCUUUUCUAUCCUCACAAUCCAACCCAGGCAGUGAGGUCACAGCAGGGCUGUGAGGUCACAGAGCCCCGUGGUCCCACAGCACCACAAGGAUCGACCACUCAGUCCCUGACUGCAACUGUUGCAGCAGCAGCGGCGGCGGCAGCAGUGUCAGAUUUGGUGGCGUUUGGACAGUGAUUACUGGACAGUGAUUACUGGACAGUGAUUUCUGGACAGAGAUUGUAGAGCAGCGGUGUCAGGACAGGGGUGUCAGGACAGGGGUGUCAGGACAGCGGCGGCAGCAGUAGCUGCCGGCCGGUGUGAGGGCGAGGGGCCAUGGCCCUUGCUCUCCGCCUCUUCCUCCUCCUCCUCCUGGCAGUGGCCCUGCACGCCAGGGCUGCCCAGGCUGCUCCGGUGCCAGCGCGGGGAGCAGAUGAGAACACUGGGAAUGCUUCCCCAUUAGACUGGCUGCGUAAAGUUUUGCAGCCCUUGCAGCCUCCUGCAGGGGUGUCUGCAGGGAGGACUUUUCCAGCUCCUCUUCUGGUUCCUCGGCCCAAACUCCUCUCACAUGGCAGGGGUGAGUAGUCUGUCCCUGCUGACCUCACAGGCUGAGCUCUGGUUUUCUCUAAUCCGUCCAUGUCAAAUGGAACUGCUUGCCAUUCUGGUCCUCCAAGAGGCAAGAGCCAACGUCCAGGAGAGAAAAAGACCCAGAUGGACCAAGGGGCUGUUCACAAGUUAAUGUUCCCUGAAGGAAGCAGUGGCUCCGUGCCAGGCUCUGCUGAGGGCAGGGAGGCGAUGCCAGGCACGGGCACACGGGCCAAGCCUGGGGGUGACGGUGAUCAGGAACCCGGAGUGGGGCCCAGGGUUGAGCCUCCGGAAGGUCGUGUGGGUCCUCCAAGAGGCAAGAGCACACGUCCAGGAGACAAAAAGACCCUUGAGUCAAAUGAAGUUCUGAAAGAAAUUUUGAAGGAACUUCAGAACGGGCGCUCCCUGGCUCCCACCCUGGGCAGAGGCUCACGUGUCUCCUGAGAGGGCCUGACUCUGUCCCCUUGGGCUGUGGGAGCUGUCCCAGGGCAGGGAAGGAUGAGGCUGGCACUGCCUGCUGCAGGGAUGGGUUGUGUGCGUGUCCCUCAAAGGAGCGACUGCUCAAGCAGCUCCGCUCCCCCCGGGCUCUCCUCCCGGCCUUCUGGGUUUGCUUUGGUGGGACAGCCUGUCCCCAGGGCCUGGAGCCUCCAGGCACCCGCACUGAGGGAAACAGAGAAUGUCCUGGCUGUGUCCAACGCGCUGUCGGCUUAGCAGGGGUGCCCAGGACGGGCUAACGCUCCAAAUU